AGCAGCAGCAGAUGCAGCGGAGAGCAGCAAUGGUUGAGUCAGCCAGAACCGCAGUGGAGCCGCACUGAGGCAAAGCAAGUUAUACCCCCCCUGUCUGGGGACUAGCACAAGAAAUAGGGGGAGAAGAAGAAGAGAGGAGAAGGAAAUUGUAUACUGCCAAAACCUGAAUGCCGCCUGUUCAAUCAGAUUAACCGGGCAACCCGGAAUUCCAAAACUCCUGCUGCAACAGAGCUCCCGAAUUCGAGCUACAAGAUGACCGUAGUGGCAGGAGAUAACAUGGACGAGACCGUGGCAGUGCCGGGGCACCCGCAGGACUCAUACCCCCCCGACCACGAAGACCACGACUGCUGCGAGAGGGUGGUCAUCAACAUAGCGGGGAUGCGGUUCGAGACACAACUCAAAACUCUCUCCCAGUUCCCCGAGACAUUGCUAGGCAACCCCAAGAAGAGGAUGCGUUACUUUGACCACCUGAGAAACGAGUAUUUCUUUGAUAGAAACCGUCCCAGUUUCGAUGCCAUCCUCUACUAUUACCAGUCUGGCGGUAGGCUGAGAAGGCCCGUCAACGUCCCGUUGGAUAUGUUUUCGGAAGAGAUAAAGUUUUAUGAGUUGGGAGUGGAUGCCAUGGAGAAAUUCCGUGAGGAUGAGGGCUUCGUUAGGGAGGAAGAACGUCCUUUACCUGAGAAGGAGUUCCAGCGUCAGAUCUGGCUGCUUUUUGAGCACCCAGAGAGCUCCGGUCCAGCCAGAGGGAUUGCUAUAGUAUCUGUUAUGGUCAUUCUGAUUUCUAUAGUCAUCUUUUGCUUAGAGACUUUACCUGACUUGAAAGAAGACCCUAGGGGUCGGUUUAAGACAGUAGGGAACCAUACUUUUUUCUACAAACCAAACAUCCUAACCGAUCCCUUCUUCAUUAUUGAAACUCUUUGCAUUAUCUGGUUCUCGUUUGAGUUGUUAGUGCGUUUUUUCGCGUGUCCAAGUAAGGCGGUCUUCUCCAAAAACAUGAUGAACAUUAUUGAUAUAGUGGCCAUCAUUCCUUACUUCAUCACACUGGGAACGGAGCUGGCUGAGGACCCCGAAGACCAGGACGAGGGCAUGGGGGAGCAGGCAACAUCUCUGGCCAUCCUCAGGGUGAUCCGUUUGGUCAGAGUGUUUAGAAUCUUCAAGCUGUCACGACACUCCAAAGGAUUGCAGAUCCUGGGACAGACCCUCAAGGCCAGUAUGCGCGAGCUCGGAUUGCUAAUCUUCUUCCUCUUCAUUGGAGUCAUCCUGUUCUCCAGCGCGGUGUAUUUCGCAGAGGCCGAGGAGAAAGGGUCGCACUUCGGCAGCAUCCCAGAAGCCUUCUGGUGGGCCGUGGUAUCUAUGACAACUGUGGGCUAUGGGGACAUGGUGCCUGUCACUAUAGGGGGUAAGAUAGUGGGUUCCCUUUGCGCCAUAGCUGGUGUGUUGACGAUUGCGCUCCCAGUGCCUGUCAUUGUGUCCAACUUCAACUACUUCUACCACAGGGAGACCGAGGGAGAGGAGCAGGCCCAACUCUUAAACGUUAGUGAACCAAACAUUAGUGAAAGCAAUUCUAGUCGCCGUAGCUCGUCCACUGUCAGCAAAUCAGAGUACAUGGAGAUUGAUGGAGAUAUAAAUAAUAGCAUCGACAACUUUAGAGAGGCAAACCUCAGAACUGGCAAUUGCACUAUAGCCAACCAAAACUGUGUAAAUAAAAGCAAGCUGCUCACAGAUGUGUAGAAUUAGACACCACGGGACUUAAAUGAUGCCGUCACAUGUUAACUGCACUAGACCAUCAGGUCUGAAAGCUUCAUUCGCCUCCUAUAAGCGUUUUAGCAUUACAACAGCCAUGCGCAGCAAUUUGAAAGUAAUUAUUACAGGGAGAAAAAAGAAAAGAGAAUAUAACACAUAGAUAGAGUAAAUUCCUUAUUCUAAAAUGAUCCUUUAAAUAAGUCUUGAAAAAUAAAAAAUAAACAACUUCUAUUUAACAAGCAAAUGCGGGCGUCCUUGGAGGAACACUAAUCAACAGCACUCACGAGGACAUAUCUGUCUUUAUCAGACGAAGCCAGGCGUCGUAAUUCAAAUGUAAUGCAUGGAUUACAGAUAACAUUUCAGCAAGUUGCACAAUGCAUCAAGGAGAAAAUGCAUCAGAAAUAUGCUCUGCUGCCUGCAGAGAGAGAGAGAGAGAGAGAGACGCAAGUCAGCAUCUGUAGCAGUCAAGACAGUGGUUGGAUCGAGCGACGCCUCGCCCGAAGUCAGAGAGGCUACUCCUCUACCCCUCUGUCAUCAAAGGAUUUACUAUCCAGCAAAGCGCCCAGGAAAAAGACUGAUCGCUGAUCUCCUGGUUUGGAUGAUGACGAGGAGGAUCUAGGAUACGGACAUCCGCAAUGCUGCUAUUUUCCAGCAGUAAGAUGCUGUAAUUAUGAUAUCACUAAGUGAUUCAAUGGGAUUUUAGCCCUUUAAAUGCAAGACAGCACAAUUAUAUAACAAAAGAGCUUCACAUGAGCAUGUUUAGAAACUCUCCAUACAUGUUGAUAUUGGGCAUGCGUGAUGAUGAGACAUAACCUCAUAAUAAUGCGUGAUGAUGAGACAUAACCGCAUAAUAAUGGAGAAAAAUAUAUUUUGGAUAUUUGCAUCCCCCUUAUGCCGUCAUUCGAUUCUUCCACCCAUUUAUGCUUUUGUUUCACUGAGAGUGCAGUACUGGUUUCAAAUAGGUUUUUCAUUUCAAAAUGCUAAUCGUUUAGAAGUAUCUAGGGAGUGAAUGUUAAAAAUCGUAAGGGAAACAGUAACUAAACUAAGAUCAUAGCAUGAGAAAAAUCGACCUGCAUUAAGGCCUAUCGACUAGAUACUGUGUAUACUAGUAUAUCUAAUGCAUGACGUCAGUAUUCAGCUUGUUGCAGUUACAGACACUGAAUAGUGUCUCAUACUGUCAUGGAAACGAAACGUGGGUAAUGAAAAAAAAAAUCCCUGAAACGUUUCUGAAAUGUGACAAAAUACAGUAUAUCCAAACCCAACUCCGGGGUUCAGACUUAAAACGUUCUCGAUCAAAGAAGCAGAAUAAAUACCUAUUAUCAAAAAUGCAUAUUCUCCUAAAUACGCAACAAGUAUUACAGUAUUACUUCAAUAGUGCAGUGCAUGGACCUUCUUUGAACAAAGAAAAAGUAAACAUUAUGAGUCAUGUCUUCCAUUUCACCACAAAAUUUAGGGACGUUUGUUUCACAAACAAAACAAUCGAAAUAGCUCUAAUUUGAAUGAAAUUAGCGUUUGUUUAAUAAAUAUUGCAAAUCAUUAUUUUGCACUUUAGUUGCUAGUGCCUUUACCCCUCUCACCAUGCAACAGGUUCAGUGAAAGUGCCUCUGUGUAUAUAGCCUACAACAUAAAUACAUGUUGAACAGAUCAGGUGCAAAAGAUCUUGUUUCCGCAAUAUGCUGUUAUUAAUGCUGUUAUUAAUGCUGUUAUUGAUGUGGAUGAUGAUGAUGGUUAUUAAUACAGUGAGAGAAUGUUCAGUGAAAACAACCAUGGAAGUCCAUUACCAAAAUGACCCAGGAUUGAGUUUACCCAAGAUUCUAGAACAAGAUUCUAGAACAACUCAACAUUGUUGUCCUCAUGAUGCACUUAUGCUCUUCCUGGAACCAACCAUCCUCCUGUGUUUUAUGUUUCUUCACCCAUGCACCACUUCAAAUCCAAAGGGAAUAUCCAUUGCUUUGCAUUUGCUUUGCCUUGCAUUGUUGCUAUUGAUUUAUGUGCCAUAAGUCUUGCGUGUCUACCUCAGUGAGGUUACUGCAGAACUCACUGCAGAACUGAAGACAGACUCCUAGCCAGGCAGAGCUGCAAAGCAGGCUAUAUCGAUGCAGAGCAGAGCUUACUUCUUCCACAACAUGAAAAAUUGCCUUUUAGUGGACUAGGCUGUGGUCAUCAGGGCCUGCACUUACAAAGUGCCUCAGAGUAGGAGCGCAGAUCUAAGAUCAGGUCUCCCAAUGUCCUUGUAAUCUUAUUCAUUCUGAUCUAAAAGGCUAAUCUGAUCCUAGAGCUGCGCUCCUACUCUGAGACACUUUGUGAUUACAGGCCCAGAUGCUGAAUUGUUAGAAGCACUUAAAAUAUACUCUAGCACCCUUAACCCUAUCCCUUUUCCUUCCAAGCUAUGCAUAAUCAAAAAAGAAAAGAAACAAACAUUUCUAUACACAUGUAGGAUCUUAAUUUGAUCCAUCUUUUGUUGAUGAUAAUUUUCCUGCAUGGCAGGAAAUGCAAACUUGUGGUGUAUUCAAGGUUUAAAAAGGCUUUUAAAGUUUGUAAUUUCUGCUUGAAAAAUGUCAGAUUUGAUUUGCCCUAAUGUAAAAUGUAUCAACCCUGACAAAAAAUGCCAAUUAAUUAGAAUCCACAUUUCCUGUUGCUGCAAAAUUAUUUCCUGCUGUAGAAAACGAGCUCAAAUUAAGAUCCUACAUCUGUAGUAGCAGAGUAGACCAGAGCAUAAUGAUAUAGACUGGCUGAUUCUCGAAAAACAUGUUAAUACAAGUGGUUUGGUUUCAAAUCAAAUCAAAUUGUAUUGGUCACGUACACAUAUUUAGCAAACGUUAUCGCAGGUGCAGCAAAAUGUUUAUGUUUCUAUCGCCAACAGUGCAAUAUUACCUAGCAAUGGUGUGUAUAGACAGUAUGGACAGUAUAUGAAUAGAAAAGGUGUGUACAGCAGUAGUUAUACAGAAUGGUGUGUAUAGACAUGAUUAAAGUGACCAGUGUUCCAUGACUAUGUAGAUAGGGCAGCAGUUUCUGAGGUGCAGGGUAACCAUUUGGAUUCUUUGGUGUGACAGUUGAGAAGCAAUGCAGGUUUGAUACUAUUACGCAGUGGUGGAAAAAGUACCCAGUAGUCAUACUUGAGUAAAAGUCAAGAAACCUUAACAGGAAAUGACUCAAGCAAAAGUGAAAGUCACCCAGUAAAAUAAUACUUGAGUAAAAGUCUAAAACUAUUUGGUUAUAAAUGUACUUAAGUAUCAAAAGUAAAAGUAUAAAUGAUUAAAAAUUACUUAUAUUAAGCAAACCAGAUGGCACAAUUGUUCAUGUUUUUUUUUAAAUGUACAGAUAGCCAGGGGCACAGUCCAACACUCAGACAUCAUUCAGAAACAAAGCAUUUGUGUUUAGUGAUUUUGCCAGGUCAAAGGCAGUCGAGAUGUGACCAGGGAUGUUCCCCUUAAGAAGUGUGUGAAUUAGACCAUUUUCCUGUCCUGCUAAGCAUUCAAAAUGUAACGCAUACUUUUGGGUGUCGGGGAAAAUGUAUGUAAAAAGUACAUGAUUUUCUUUAGGAAUGUAGUGAAGUUAAAGUAAAAGUAGUCCAAAAAUAUAAAUAGUAAAAUAAAGUACAGAUACCCCCCCCCCAAAAAAACAACAACUUAAAUAGUACUUUACACCACUGCUAUGACGUCAUAGAACUAUCCUGCUAUGACGUCAUAGAACUAUCCUGCUAUGACAUCAUAGAACUAUCCUGCUAUGACGUCAUAGAACUAUCCUGUCCAAUUAUAUCUAUGAUUGCCUGAAAAGUGUGCCACACUUCAUUGAUGAGAAAUUCCCAUUCUAGUAAUUAUAUUUCUGUGUGUAUCUGUCGCAGAAAGACAAUGAAGUACCCAGGGAGUUUUAAGUCAAAAAAAAAUUCUCCACCCUGGGCAUUAUAAGCAAAUUAUAAAAGGCUCCACAGUCUUUGCUAGUUCAAUUUGCUCAAUAUCUACAUAUUGUAUUUCAUCAUUGUGUCUUCCAGCUUUCAGCAAAGCUUACGGAUGCUUUGUGAAUGCUGUUAUGUUGUUUAAGCAACAUUUUGGCUGUCAUAAUCCAAAUCCAUUUAGAAUCAAGGCAUGACACUGGUAUCACUCCAGGAAAUGUUUGUGCCACUGAAGUCGAGGGAUGACACACAACAGACGUAAUGACGCCCACACAUCAACAUAGCUAAAGAUUUAUGACUGGAUGUUACCUGGAGGAAAAGGACUGGACCGUGUUUCCUUUCGGGUCUCCACGACAGUGUGACAAGGGUCUUAGUGGACUAACAGCAAGCUGGCAAAGCAGGCUAAUGUACACAUUGUUUGGCAAAGCAGGCUAAUGUACACAUUGUUUGGCAAAGCAGGCUAAUGUACACAUUGUUUGGCAAAGCAGGCUAAUGUACACAUUGUUUGGCGAAAGGGCUGCAUACUUAGAAUGUGUCUGUCUAGCAGAGAGCCUUCGUAGAUGUCACUUCAGUUCACAUAUCAGUUCAAUAUAUACAAUAAGUGUUACUUCUGUGUCAGGGAUUUUCAGGGUUUCUGACCAAGAGAAUGUCAUCACGUCUUAAGAACAGACACGGAAUCUCCCAAAUACAGCCAAUACAAAGUGGCUAUCCCAUCUCAAGUGUCAACGUUUAUCUGCCACUUUGACAAGAUACAACCGCUGUACAACAGUAUAGUAACAUUCUCACCUUGAGAGCAAUUUCCCAAUAACACAGUGAUAAUAAUAAUAGAUACAGUAGAUACUAAUAGAAUGAAACAUUUAAAUAAUAAUCCACACAAGAACUACGAUGUGAGUUAAAGAAACAAGAGAAUGCAAGUAUAUACAGGCCGCUGCCAAUACCUUAUUCAAUGUGCAGGGGUACUGGAGUGGUUGAAGUGGGUUUAUACAUAAAAAGUAUAUCUACCAUGUACAGUAGCUAGCUGACCAUCAGGUAAAUGAUGUGUUUUUACCAUAUGUGGUUUCUCUUAUGGCCCAGAAGAGUGGUUGGACAAAAUAUGUCCUGUUCCACCAAAUACCCAUGAUGCAACAGUUCACAGUGAGGUUGAGGGCCGUCACUAGUUACCCCAGCCACAUAGUCAUAAGUAUGGCUAAACCUUCGAAUUUGUGGCUGCGGUAGCUAGUGACAUCCAAGUUUGAGGGAACCCAUGCGAAACCCCUCACGUCACGAUACCAGUACAUCCAUUGCUCUUGCCGUGAGGGCAAUCUAUGCAUGGUGCUAUGCAUUUAACUAUUCUAUAAAAAAAACUAUAAAAAACAAUGCAUUCUUAUAGCAAUAGAAUUACAGGUACCUGUUUCUUAGAAACUUUUGUAAAAUAAGAUAUUCAUUAAUCUAUUUUAAAAAGAUAUGGAGAAGACAGAUGGUCUCGAUCUCUUUACCGAUAUUUACAACAUGGCUGUCUGUGUAUGUUGUUUGUUGUAUUCUUUGAUUUCAUGAAGGUCAGUGGGGUUAAAGGUUAAAGAUCAAAGUUAACAUCUGGGUCAUGUUCAUUAGGGAAAACAUUUGUAAAACAUUUUGCAACGAGAACAUUUUGAGUUUCUUAUUGGACAGAGAGUCAAUCCCCAGUCAAUUUCCCCAUUUCACUCCGAGCGGUUUAUUCUAUUUGGUGCCUAAUGAACAUGACACUGUCCUAACACUAAGCAUAGAAAACCUAUGAAAUGGCCAAAUAUAGGUAUUGUACAGUGGCCAUCCAAUCCCCGUCAACCUCAUAGGUUUACCUGGAGUAGUUUUCCAGCAAGGGAGUUGUGUUGACAAACAGAGCAAAGUAGCCGGUAGCACCCUCCCACAGGAUUGAAGGGCUGUGUAUUUAGUGUGAAUUUAGUGUGAACGAGAGUCUGAGAUGGUGCCUAUAUAGGUUUGUUUGUAUAAUGUAUGCUAUUCAAAAGAAAAACGAGUGAGGUCUAUUAAAAAUACCAUUCAGAGAAACUCAAGUAAAAGUAAACUAUGUCUAAAACGAAGAAAGAAACACUGUCAAAUAGAGUAUUGCAAGCAACUUUAUAGAGCAACAUGUCAAAACCAAUGAUAUCUAUGUUUUUUAUUGUGUAUCUUAUUUUUUGUUUUCUUUGUCACUAUACUACGAUUGAUUCCCACUGGGCACAGACGUCAAUUCAAGGUCUAUUCUACAUUGGUUCAAAGUCAUUUAAUUGAAAUUACGUGGAAACAAUGAUGAUUCAACCAGUGGGUGCCCAGUGGGUUGUAUUUAGGAAGAACAUGACAGAAUAUCCUGAAACAUCAAAGACAAUAAUAAUGUGUUCCUUUACCAAGCCAUGAUGAUUAAACUGAAGUACUAUUGUUAUCAAUUUACUGUACUGACAAUUCACUGCACUGACAAUUUACUGUACUGUCAAUUUACUGUACUGACAAUUCACUAUACUGUCAAUUUACUGUACUGACAAUUCACUAUACUGUCAAUUUACUGUACUGACAAUUUACUGUACUGUCAAUUUACUGUACUGACAAUUCACUAUACUGUCAAUUUACUGUACUGACAAUUCACUACUGUAAAUUUACUGUACUGUCAAUUUACUGUACUGACAAUUUACUGUACUGUCAAUUUACUGUACUGACAAUUCACUAUACUGUCAAUUUACUGUACUGACAAUUCACUACUGUAAAUUUACUGUACUGUCAAUUUACUGUACUGACAAUUCACUAUACUGUCAAUUUACUGUACUGACAAUUUACUGUACUGUCAAUUUAGUGUACUGACAAUUUACUGUACUGACAAUUCACUAUACUGUCAAUUUACUGUACUGUCAAUUUACUGUACUGACAAUUUAGUGUACUGACAAUUUACUGUACUGACAAUUUACUGUACUGACAAUUCACUAUACUGUCAAUUUACUGUACUGUCAAUUUACUGUACUGACAAUUUACUGUACUGACAAUUCACUAUACUGUCAAUUUACUGUACUGACAAUUUACUGUACUGUCAAUUUACAGUACUGACAAUUUACUGUACUGUCAAUUUACUGUACUGACAAUUUACUGUACUGACAAUUUACUGUACCGGACAACAAACAACUGUGUUAGCAUCAAGAUGUAUGGAUAGUUUUUUUAUUUAAUUUAAAGAAACACGGGAAAACCCAUCCAAACAAACCACACCAUUCAAGAGAGUUUCCAAACUUCCAUCACUGAAAACCAACUGAUAAUGUAUAGAUAAUGAACACAUAUCUCUAUGGCAACCAAAAACUGCAUGGUUAACAGAAGACUGCAUGAGCUUUAAAACCUUUCCAAACUGUAGAUCAAUUAUAAUAGCGGUUGCAUCUUUUAAAGAAAACCCUUGCUUUCAUCUAAACCAAAGGCUUCUAUAUCAAAUAUUUUCCUUUAUUUUGAAAGUAUUUUAGACAUUUUUUAUUGUAUGCUAAAGAAACGUUUUCAUCUCAGACCAGACGUGCGUUCUGAUUGGUGCUUGCUACAGUAUGGCAACACCCUGUACUGAAUCUGAUCAGUUUUGAUGUAAGUAUUAACAUCACUCCAUGUUCAAACUAGCCUGGUCUCAGAUCUGUUUGUGCUGUCUUGCCAACUAUAUGCUCAUUGUCAGGCCAAACACGGCAAUUACCAAUGACAACAAUCAUAGGAGUUGGCUAUACAGCACAAACAAACCUGUGACCAGGCUAUAUGUUCAAACCUCUCUUUACUAACAUGCUGAGCGAGCGUUACAAAAUAAAUGUACAAAUAAAUGUUAUUCAAUCAUUGCAGACACACUGCAUACGCGUGUCAACGAGCGUCUGCGUAGCCAGGCGCUAAAAUAGAUCUUGGUUCCAUUUGUGACGCUUUGAUGCGCUGCAAGUCCCGCCGCUACCAUCUUCUCAUUGGUAUUUAGGAUCAUAUGCCCACGUGGGUGAUUGAAAGAUGAACUGAGGUCCACACUCCAGUCGGUGGUGGUAAUGCACCUUAAAGUUGGUUGCCAACCCCCAUAUAAA